CUGGCUCUCCACACUCCUGGACUAACGGAGCUGCUCAGGAUAAGGGAGUUUAAAACAGCCUGAGAAUAAAAAACUACCGACCACAUUCAACCACUUUUUUCUCUCUUCUGCCUCUUCCUUCACCUGGACGGCAGAUACAAUUCAGAAUUAGCCAUGGAGGAUCUGGGAAUGCCUGACCCGUCUAACUACCCCCUCAACCCUCGCAUUGUUAUGUUUGAUGCUCUCCUGGCCGAUCUUGAGAGCUCCGCCUCUCCUCUGGCCCGCUGCCCCGUCCUGUUGACCUCUGACCCUCCUGCCAACGCUGAUCCCCCACCCAACAGCGUCCAGGAAACCGCUCAGACCCGGCCUCCUCCGCCUGCGUACACACCCCAGCAGACUGUUUCUGCUGCGAUGAAGACAAACGGCUCUCAGAACCCGAACCCCGACAAACUCUACAGUACUGUCUGCAAGCCUCGCUCACCCCGCUCUCCAGAGCCUCCGGCCUUCUCCUCGUCCUCAGUGCUGGGAGGUGGUCUCAGUGAGCUGGAUCAUUUACUGCAGGAGCUCAACGCCACCCAGUUCAACAUCACAGAUGAAAUUCUGGCCCAGUUUCCCACCACUAAAAAGGAUGAGCGAGACAAACCACCAAAAUGUACUUCCUCCUCCAGCUCAGCGAAGCCCUCAGCCACCUCUGCUACACUGGAACUGGACAAACUAAUGGCGUCUCUGUCAGACUUCAGGGUGCAGAGCACGCCAACUGCGCCAGUCCAUGCAGUGGUCAGUCCCCCACAGCAGCCCGUGGCCCUUCCCACAGCCUCGUCUGGCGGCUCACUGGACAGCAUGCUGGGUCUUCUCCAGUCUGAUCUGAGCAGGCAGGGGGUGCCCACUUCCUCCAAGGGAAACUGCUCCGCCUGCCAGAAGCCGGUUGUUGGACAGGUGGUGACGGCCCUGGGCCGAGUUUGGCAUCCAGAGCACUUUGUGUGUUCCGAGUGCGAGUGUGAACUAGGAAACCGGAACUUCUUCGAGAAAGACGGCCGGCCGUACUGUGAGCCUGACUACUUCAGCCUGUACUCUCCUCACUGCGCACAGUGCAACAAGCCCAUUCUGAACAAAAUGGUCACCGCGCUGGAUAAGAAUUGGCAUCCCGAGUGCUUCUGCUGUGUGAAGUGUAACCGGACGUUUGGAGAUGAAGGGUUCCAUGAUCGUGAGGGGCAGCAGUACUGCCAGCAGUGCUUUUUGGCCCUUUUUGCCUCCCGCUGCCAAGGCUGUUCUCAGCCCAUCAUGGAGAAUUACAUCUCCGCCCUCAACGCACUGUGGCAUCCGCAGUGCUUUGUCUGCAGGGAGUGUUUCAGUCCGUUUGUGAAUGGAAGCUUCUUCGAGCACGAGGGCCAGCCGUUGUGUGAGGCACACUACCACCAGUCCCGUGGCAGCGUGUGCCAGGCGUGCAGGGAGCCCAUCCUGGGCCGCUGCGUCACGGCCAUGGGCGCCAAGUUCCAUCCUCACCACCUGGUGUGCAACUUCUGCCUGAAGCCACUCAGCAAGGGCUGUUUCAAGGAACAGGAGAACAAACCCUACUGCCACCCCUGCUUCCUCAAGCUCUUCGGCUGAGGAGGCCUGUGUGGUCGGUUGUGUAAUAGGGGCGAGAUUAGAGAAUAAAGGGAGGCAGAAUUUCUUUCAGCUCACAUUCAGGAUGUCCAGAAUACUCGAUUUAGGAAGGAGAGCCAAGCAAAUGGAGCCUAAAAGAGGCAGUGUCUGAAGUUUGCUUCUUUAGGUUUGCACUGGAGCUACGAGGCUAAUGUGACUCAAGUAAUGGAUGCUUAUGCCCAGGCGACUAGCACGGUGCCCGCUGCAGACCUGAAUCAUCACAUAAACCGGGUCGAACUGUAGUUUCUGACAUACUGAUAUCUAUAAAAAAGAAAACUAUAACUCAAGUUUAAAAGCUCUUAAAAAUAUAAAAGCAGUGUCAAAAUGUUUUAUGAUACUCUGUGUUCAGGAAAU